UGCAGUCACAAUUGAGCCGUCGGACGGUGAACAUGUUAGUCCGUUCCGCAAGACGAUCCUACAAAUUAAAACCGGAAGUUAUCUGCACGUAUGGUAGUGUCACGAUAGGAUUCCAGUGAGCGUGACGCCGUGAAUACGUUGAGCUGAUUAAAAAAAUGUUCACGAUGCUGAACAAAGUGUGAGUGGAUAGACAACACUUCCUCCUCCGUCGGAUGUUAAAACCAAGUUAUUUCAUGAAUUACUGUGAAUAGUGAAUGAUUUUUUACCCGGGAUAUAGGUUGAAGUUUCAAUAUUGAAUCAGUGAAAUCGAUAUUUGGUUUUUUUUUUUCGGUUUAGGGGGGAAUAUGUACCGUGCAGUGCUUGUGUUAUAACGCCUUUAAGCUGUACAACCGGCCGGCGCCCCACAGUUAAAGGGAAUAUAACCGAAGCCCAACCCGGCGGAUCUGAAAUUCUUGCACAUCCUGAAGUGAAAAAUUCUCGAUUUUUGGGUGAAAAUAUUUUUUCAACUCCUUCACGUAUCGAUUGACGUGAACAACUGUUAACAUAGAGCAAUAACUCGAGGAGUAUUUCACGAACAUGAUUAUGCUUCAGUGGUCAAUAAUCUCGGAAUCACAGGGCGUUAAAAGUGCUUGAAGACAUAAAACACUGUUUUUUUUUUGUGAAAAUGCUACCAGCAACAAUGACAAACAUGUAGGCCAACGGUGGCCCAGUGAACGGCCGGGAAGUUUUUCCCGAGUGCUUUUUUAUUUUCGUGUCGAGUGAGUGAAGUUUUUUUUUUUAUCGUGGAAUUUAUUCGAGUUGGUCGAGUAUAAUUUGAUGGUUUUGUUAUGGUGAACGGAGGAUACACAUUUUUCUGGUGAAGUACGAGGACGGGAUGAUAUCGUCACCCCGUGUUGAGGGGUCAUUCGCCUAGUCAUCACAGUGGAGUUCUGUUUUAUUGCUGCCUCGGGAGGGGGUGGUCCAAUGUUGGUCCCUCCCGUGGCCCAAGGGGGAACGGCCGGUCGUCCAGUAUGUGACACUGGGGGACGUGGAGCACAGAGCUCCGUCCCUGGUGCUACAGCAACACUGUGGCCCCUAGCGCCCGCACAGCCUAAUUUAACGGCCAGCCAGCAGUCACAGGCGACACCACCCCUAGCUGCCACCCCAGCUCCAGCACACAAUCAAGGUGUCAAUAGAUAUGAGCUGUACUCACUAUUCCCUGGCGGUGGCGCUGGCAGUUAUGUAGCUGCAACGCCAGGUACACCUGCAGCAACCCCAGCCCGUGCCUAUCAUGCCACCACGCACAAGGUUUCAGAGAGUGUAUUCUCGGCAGCAGUUGGGGUUGGGGUCGGUGGUUACACCUGGGGGGCUCCCACGCCACCCCCUGGCUCACCCUACAGCCCUGUACCAGUGACGCAGCUCGAGUUGUUGGCUAAGAAUCUAGCAAAUCUAACACCACAUCAUGCACAACAACCACUGAGUCUUCAGGGUCUUGGUGUCAAUGUUGGUGCAAGUUUACAUCAUGCACAGCAUACAACGCAGCAUACACUCAAUCUUGCUGGUCUACACCAUUUACAUCAGGGUGAGUCAACGAUGAGAACUACGUCGGCGACAUCGUUCACGUCCAAAUAUAUGGAUGAACGAACACUUACUCUCGGUGGCCUUCAUCAAGGAACCUUUUCCCCCCAGCUCUCCCUGGUGACUGCUGGUACUCCAACCCUAACAAUAAACAGUUUUUCCUCACCAAACACCCAAGCAAGUGUCAUAUCUCCAAGUACUGGUGUUCUUCUCCACGAUUAUCAAUCAUCAGGAGCUGGUGUCAGUCCAGUUAGUAAUUGCCAAUCGUCGUUACUAAACGGUGCAUCUCUACCAACAGGUGCAACUGCCUGUACAGUUAGUACCGUUCUUGUUCAAGGUGCACAAACGGCUAAUACAUUUGUACAGAGUACAACUAAAAAGAGGGAGUCUAUUGUAACAGCUCAGGCACAGACAAUCAAAGUUGAAAACAAAACAUCAAGACAAUCUUGUGUCUGCAAAAGCUCCAAUGCCACUGGAAAAACAAAAAUUAUCCACUCAGAGGCUGGCUGUAGUCGCACUCUUCCAGUGGUAUCAUCCUGGAAUGGCCAGGAUUCACCAUCUUCUUAUCAUAAUACAAGUCAGACGAUUGCCACAAAUCUCGUUAAACGUGAACCUCUCACAACGGUACCAUGUCAAGUUGCUGAAGUAUCUACAUCACUUCAUGCAACUACUACAGCUGUCAAGAUUGAGCCACUUCCCACAAAAUCCGAAAAUGGAAUUGUUGUAUCAACAGCAGCAGCAAGUGGUAUACCAGUUGGUAUCGCUGUUGCGAGACAAAGAUUGCAACACCAGGAGACAUCAUCAACGUCGAUGAGAAAUGUCUCACUGAGUCAUCACACGUCUCAUCACGCAUCCUAUCAUCACUUUCCGGAGAGUCUCGGAUCGGCCACAGCCAUGACCGUGGGCGGGGCUACACUUCUACAUUGUGGCAGUGGUGGGGAUGAUAGGCCGGCCCAUCUCGCCAUUCCCCCAGGUGCUAUUGCACCCUCUGUGAAUGCCCCUUUGGGCUCUACUCUCAAUGCAAAUGGUUUAGGUGGCUUGGCUAGCAUAGGUCCUAGUACACAUUCAGCCACCACUGCUGGAACAACCACUGCUCCAGCCACAUGGCCACCAACACUAUGGCAAUAUCCAACAGCAGCAAUGCCAGCUUUGGAGCCAGUCGGGUUUCCACAACUUGGCGUUGGUCUUCAAGGAGGUCUACAGCUCGUCAGAGAUCCAUCAACGGGUCAUUUAUUGUUGAUUCACGCAGCUGCAGAACAACUCCAGCAGGCAGUGGUAUGGCCGAACUAUCCUCAUCAUAGUGGUCCAAAUGUUAGUGCACCUUCGCCUUUAUUGUUACCACCGCCACCGCCUCCAUCCCUUCAGCUGUUGAGCGACAUGAAUGGUGCAAGACUAGUACUGACUGAGAGCAAACGCAAGGCGCAAAACAAUGUACCCAUCGUUAAAAUUGAGGCUGACUGUGGUACAACUCCGACCACAACAAUAAUCGCUUCAGCAGAGCCAAGCAAAGCUCUCCAAACGAUGACGACAAUGACCGGGCCACUCGUCCCCGAUACACCUCUGCUAACGACGCUGCAUUACUAUCCUCACGCGCCGGCGCUCGUCCAAAUAAGUCAAUCAGAAUCGACACAGUGUCGAACACAGAAGAACUCGUUCAUCUCCAAAGCAACAUCACCCGUCUCCUGUCUGACACCACCGCCAGAAGUGACGCCUUCCCAUUCAAUCGAAACCACUGAGAGUACAUUGAUAGGUGUUCAGGAUGCUUCCAAUCAGACAGAUGCCCCGGAAACGGACGAAGAGCACAUACCUGUAGUGGACGGUGUUGUCAAACAGGAAUUAUCAACCACCUGUAAUCAACAGCAAGUAGUAUUGGGAACCUUCAACGUGGUCUCCUCGACUAUUGAGAAACCCCAGGCCUAUAGUUUAAUAACUAAAUCCGACAAGUCUGAAAUAACUGUUAAAGUGAGUGCUGUUGUUAAGGACACACUCAAGACUGAAGUUGUAAGUUCAGUAGAUCAAACGAUAGAAAGAGUUGUCAGUAGAUCGAGUCAUGUUGACGUAGAUACUGACGAAGCUGAGUCAUUGACAACUGAUAAUGAUAAUGAAGAGAGACAAUCGAGGAUUGGCUCGAGAAUGAUUGAGAUAACAGAGGAGAAUUGUGAUAGCUUUCACGAGAAUCUGGAAUUCUUUGGAAGGAGGAGAAAUCCUCUAGAGCAGCAUAAGAAGCCUCUGUUCUCUGAAGAACUUCUCAACAAAGAGAGGUUACUUGAGAAAAAGACGAGGCAAAGUCAACUGAAUACUCAGGUGGAGGAAGAGAGUCAUCAGGAUGUAUCAUCGUCUCUGGAGAAUGCCCAAACUAGUGGCAAUGUUGAUGUUAUACAGCCUAUUUUAACCACAUCCGAGGAAGUAUCACCAUCGCCAACAGUAGAUUCAAGCUCCAACUGUGAUAGAACCCCAUCACAUCCUCAGAUAACGGUAAAAUCUUUCGAUAUGCCUUCGAUAGAUUGCGAAGAGGAUGCGAUCAUUGAGAAUAAUCCUGGGAAGGGAAUCAAGAAAGAGCCUGACGAAGCUUCUCCAAAUCCAUCCACUCUUCCCGAAAAAUGGAAUAAAAAAUCGUGCACUGAGAAGUACCAUCCUGGGAUUGAGAACGUCGUAGAGAAGCUCAAGAAAAAUGCUGCUGCUGCUGCACUUCAAGAUCAACUUCCUCAGAAUGUUUCUCAUGCAGAUCAGAAUGCUAUUACCCCACAUGCCUCUAGGCGAUUGGAGAAUGGCUUGAAGAAACACAUCCUGCGAUCCUGUGAAAUUGCCUCCACUCUAGAGAACAUUAAUGGUGAUAAUAAAGAUAUGAAUUGCAGUAAAGACUCGGUUGUCUUGAAUGUUAAAUCCGUCAGUGACAAUAAUAACGACUGUACAAGUAGCAAUAAUAACUUCAAGGAGACUGACGUUAGAGUUUUGAAAAGUGAGAAGUUAUCACCAACAACGACACCAAUCAUUAUCACUGAAGAAUCGAAUGAUGCAAGCAGUUCAAAGUCUUCUACUGCAGGUCAAGAUCCUUUGAAAAAGUCCCCUAAAUCCGGCAAGUCAAAACCUAAUUUGGAUAUCAGCGGCCUUGAAUUACUCUCCAACAGUAUCUUGCAACUUGAACAUUUAAAGCCAGGAGCAGCUAGUGAGAGUGAGUGCGAAAAAUCACCGACUAAAGAAACACCUCAAGGAUCACAAACUGAGAGCAAUAAUAAUAGUGUGGACAGUCCGCUGGGACUUUUAUGUGCAUUAGCUGAACAACGUUUUAUGGAAGAAGUUGGUGAUGACCAGCGUACAGUUAAACGUGCAUCAAAUUUGGAGAAUUCUGAAGAGAUCUCGAGAGCUGGUAGAUUAUUAAUGAGUCUAGGGAAAGCAGCUAGUUUUGACACGGACAGGAAGAAACUGCCGAAGAGAAAACACUCGUGCGAGGAUAUUCUUUAUGCAUUUAACAAGAAAAGAAGGAGUGAAUUUUCAAGCGGUAAUCAUCUGAGUAAUUCUGAGAAGAACUGUGAGGAUGGGGAUGCUGACAAUGAUUUGACGGAUUCGGAUACCGAGAAUGUAAAAAGUCUUGAAUUGAGUAAACUUCGUCUAGCAAUACCAGAAAAUAAUGAUAUGACUGGAAAGCCAAUGGUAUCUGGAAACAUUAGCAAUGAAAAAAUGUCCAAUUCAAGUGAUACAGCGCCAACGAAUGUCAAAUUAUCUCCUAGAAAAGAUGACAGGAGAAUUCCCCCAAAGUUGAGGACAAAAAGUGCUGAUUAUGAGGUAUGUAGCGUAAAAAAUAUGACUAAAGAAAUGAAAUCCGGAGGAUCAUUGGAUACCAGUCCCUCGCUCAGUCCAAACGUCUUGGGAAUACCCAGGUGCAAUCUGAAUCUAGUGAAAUUGGUCGAGCAGAGAAGCCACAUUAAACUCCUGGAUAGUAUCCCGAGUAUUCCAAUUUCAGUUCCCCCCGCGGCAUCUCCCAUAACAGUUUUAGAUAAUAAAAUUCUCUCCGAGGACGAGGAGAAAAAUCUAGGGUCCGCAGGUUACGAGACCUCUUCACCAGCGCCCACAGCAUCGAGCUCAAAUUCUGCCUCGAAAAAACGUAAAGUUGGACGGCCACGAAAACUAAUGUGCACAUCAGGCAGUGUUAGACAUUUAACAGAGACAAUAGUUUCUAAAAAAUCAAAGAGUAAAAAUCCAGUAGUUGGUUACAUGUUGAAUUCUAAGAGCCGUCAUUUGCAGAAUAAAUUGAAUGGAAAGUCUGGUUACACUCCAGUGCCCUUUAAAUCCGGUUUAUCAGUGUCUAAAGGUAUCACAAAGUCUCAUAAAAUAACCAAGUCCAAAGUUAAACCAGUCAAGCAAACUCCCCUUCACAAUAAAAAUGUGAUAAGUUCGAUAAUAGCGGAGAAGGCUAAAUUGAGUCAGGAGGCAAGGCUGGAAAAGGUAGUGAAGUUGAAGCCAAAAUUAAAAGCUGAAGCUAAAAUUAAAGAGUGGAGUAGCGAUGGGGCAGAACCGACUGAAUGGAAUUACACUAUUGAAAAAACCACCUCAGAAUUUACUGAAGGCCCUUCACCUAGUGAGUUAUCCUCCCCACAGGCUGAGGUACCUGAAGCCUCUCAAGUUAUAUCACAACCAAGCGAAGACGAGGGCUUGGAGAAUUACGAGCGUUGUAAAAAGAAAAAGCGAAAAUCCUCGUGUUCAUCCCCUUCAAGAAGAAAAUCAGGGGAUCACGAUAAGAAGGAAUCAAAACGUAGAAAAUCCUCCGAUUGUAAGGAAUGCAAAGAAUGCGCUAGAGCUGCUAAAGCUGAAAAAGCUGAGAGAAUUGAGAGCAUUGUGAACAGAUGUAAACUCACAUCUGCGCACCUUGCAAUCGAUCAAUUGAGAGUGUUAACAGCAAUGGGUGGGCUCUUUUAUGCUGGAAGAUUAAGUGCUGUUCAGGCACCAGACGUUUACGCGAUAACUUUGGAUGGUGAGAGGGGUAACAGACCGCAUAUACACUCACGCGAAGAGAUACUUCAAGAUGCUAUUGUUGAAAUUUGUCCAACUUCGACGAAAGAAUUGUCACCGGGUACGCGUUUGUGUGCGUACUGGAGUCAGCAAUACCGAUGUUUAUAUCCUGGUACUUCAGUAGAGCCCUCGGAACCUGAUUCUGAUCUUGAUGAUAAAUUUGUGAGCGUUGAAUUUGACGAUGGUGACAGUGGGAGAAUAGCAUUGGAUGACAUUAGAUUGUUACAGCCAGACUAUCCUGUCGUUGAGUAUGAUCCAAAUCCACUGUUAUCUUUGGGAAAACGGAGGCGUCAAAUAUCAACCUCAACUGAUGAAAAACGUGACGUUCAGAUCGUUAAAGCACCGUCUGGAACACCAUCUAAAUCAGGCGCUAACGCGAAAUCCGAUGAUACUAAGGAAAUUGACCCUAGGACACUCGAUGAAUAUCGCGAGCGCAAGAGAUUAAAGAAGCGAAGGAGAGAUAAACUCAAGCGACUUCAAGAGAUUCAAGAGGGGAAGAGGAAGCACAGAAGGCACAAGUGUUGCGAGGAGCACAGGAAGCAUAAACAUAGGAAACAUCGGAAGCAUAAACAUCGACAUAGUCACCAUGGUAGCUAUAGCGACGGCAGUCACUUAAGUGGUGGAGAGAGUUGUUCGGGUCAAAAGAGUGAGGAAGAGGCUUCAAAAGAGGAGCCUCCUGUCCUUGAAGAGAGAGAACAAAUUCCAGACAACCCUCAGUUAAUUCCGGUGGUGAUUGACGAUCAACCACUCCCAGAGGAAAAAUCAGACAAACCGAAAAAGGGAGAGAGAAAGACGAAAGCAAGGGAGAGACAGGAGUCGGUGGAGAGUAGGAGUAAAAUGGCAGCUUUCUUGCCCGCUAGACAAUUGUGGGGUUGGUCGGGGAAGGGUUACAGGCGACCUGGUGCGAAGGGACGUGCGAAAAAACAAUUCUUCAGAGCCAUUCAGAGGGGCAGUGAAGCGAUACAGAUAGGAGACAGCGCUGUAUUCCUUUCAACUGGCCGCCCCGACAGACCCUACAUCGGAAGGAUUGAGUCGAUGUGGGAAACAUCGAGUUCCAAUAUGAUUGUUAAGGUCAAAUGGUUUUAUCAUCCCGAAGAGACUGUUGGCUGUCCACCCAACUUGAAAUAUCCGGGUGCUCUUUUUGAAUCCCCUCACAUGGACGAGAACGAUGUGCAAACAAUAUCUCACAAAUGUGAGGUCCUCCCACUCCAGGAAUAUACGGAAAAACUUGGAAAAGAACCCCACAGAUACUUGACAAUCUACGAUAACAAUGACAUCUACUACUUGGCUGGUUAUUACGAUCCAACGACAUAUCUGCUCACAAUGCAGCCCGGAGUGGUCUGAGAGCAACUUAAGCUGACGAUAAAGUUACUUGAACAUUAACAGUUGUCAGCUUGAUAUCACCAGUGAGAUUAUUAGCACAACAACUGGGUUUUAGAGAAAAAGAAAAUAAUGGGCGAUGAAAAAUGCAAUAUCUAUAUAACGAGAGGCAUUAUGAUGAGAAAUUAUGUUUCAUUGUAUAUAGUGUACAUAGGUCUAAUAAUAUAUGGGUUAUAUUUUCUUUGCUGAAAUCUAUCAUAGAUUGAAACUUCUAUGACGCAAUAUGUCGAUUUUGAUGGAUGAAGAGUAUCGUUUAUCUGGAAAAGACACUUGAAUUUUAUUAUUAAGUGAUAUUAAGAGACACGGUGCUACGUAAUCAGCCUUUGCCCCGCAAUAUGCUGUUUUUUUUAGUUGAAUCAGAAGGUAUUCUUGCUUUUACGUUGCAUUCAUUGUUAAGAUUCCUUUGUUAUGAUUUAGUGAAUUCGCCAACUCCUUGAAUUACGUGCAGAAAGAUGUGAAAAAUAUUGUUCAUACAGUGCGAAAGUUAAUGCCAGAAAAUUCAGCGAAAAGGAGUAAACUAUUAGACGUAAGGAAAUUUUUUAUGAAUUAUUUUAUAUGAUGGUGAACGAUUUAUUAAUUGAAAGUGUCAAGGCCGUUUGUCCCUGUCAUAUUCGAUAUUUCUCUCAUUUAAUCAUUAGUCUCAUUAACUCUCAUUGUUUAGUCUAUAAUGACAGCUGCUUCCCUUAUGAAUUUGUCACUUUAUGAUGGACUCAUGAUAAUUACGUAGUAGAUUGAGUACUGUACUCCAAUUAUUUGUCAUGCUCUGGAGGUACUGGGUAAUUUUGAAAAAUUUCAAUGCAAUUUCUCUUGCAAACUGUAUUAUGAAAAUAGUUGAUGACGAGGUACGACUUAGUACAAAUUUUUAAACAAAAAAAAAAGCACGAAAAAAAAAUCUGUUGUCAAAGUGCGAGUUACGAGUCUAGAUAUCGAAUGAACAUUCGUAUUUCGACGAUGGGUACUUAUUGUUAUUGAAAUAAUCAUCGAUUCGCUGAAUGAGAGAAAUCACAUGAAUUAUAGAUUUUUAGAAGCGUUGAAACAGUAUAUAGUAUUUUUUCAUAAAAAUAUACUAGAAAGCAUUGUAGAAGAGAAAAACUAUCUUUUAGUCGCUGCCAAUGAACUCAUGGCAUACGAGGAAACAUACUGCUUGUAGAUUUGUAAAUAUUUCCUAAGUGUAACGAGAUCUUUCUUCUUUCCAAUUAACAUGGAAUUGAGAUGAAUUCGAUAUGUCGAAUUGGUGAUUUUAAAUUCAUGGUAAAAACGAAUAAUUGAUAAUUAACGAAUGAUGUGCUGGGAACUAUCUUCCGAUUUUACAAGCCUUUCGGAAUGAUUCAAUGAAAAAAUUAUAACGCGUAAUGAUAAUAAAAAUUUAAACUAGUCCAGCUGUCCCUUUCGGUACAUGAAAGUAUAAAAGGUCCGAAAUUGAGAACAAAAAAAAAUAGAAAUAAAAAAAAAAUUGUACUUUUGACAUUUUUUGUAAGAUUCAAGAUUUCGGAGUAACAAAAACUUGUACAAUAAUUGUGAUGAAGCGAAAAUUUACAAAGUGAAAAGUCUUGUAACGUUUCUUUUGGUGAAAAAAUGAGUAAAACGUAUUUUCUGACAAUCGUUAUAUGGAAAUCGUUUGACAAAACAAAAAUAUGUAAAUUACAUAACCCAAUUAGCUAUAUUUCGGGUCCAUGUAUUUUGCGCUGGAUAAAUGGGAAGUAAGCACAAAAACAGUGAGAUACGGAAGAAGAAUAAAUAUGAAAAAAAAUACCUAUUUUAUUCUACGAAAGAAUCGAAAUUAUUAUAUUUUAUCAAAGAACGUAGAGUUUAGAAGGAUUGAAUAAUCGAUCAUGGAAUCAAUUAUUCGUUCAAUCCUCUGGUAGUUAAUUGAAGUCGUGACUUUUAUAUUUUCCCCAGAAAAAGAAAAAAAAAUUAUACACAAAUAUGUAUAUAAGUGAUAAAAAAAUACGAAUAUGAAGUCAUUCUGUUUGCCGAUUUUUUCUCACCUUUAAAGAUGUUCUUUUAAAUUCUGUGAGUGACACAGGAGUAGUGAAAAGCGUUAAAGAAAUUCCUAGCUACAUCACUGGAUAAAAUACAAGAAAAAUAGACUAACAAAAAUGGAUAUAAACUGAAUAUUCUCCAAAUAUCGAAUUCGGACGUGAUUCUCAAUUAUCGCUUGCUAGAUGCAAAAGAAAAACACAAACAAUUUAAUGAAAAAUAAAUCAAUAAAUAAUUAGCAUUUACAUACCACAUAGAUUCAUUCUCUUAAUGUUAAAUAUCCUAUUAACGGAAUGAGUUUGAAAAAUCUUCAAACAUGUCAAGAGACUCGAACACGCACAUGCAUAACACCCGUUAGGAAUUAUAUAUGUCAACUUAAACAAAAAACAAUAUACAAAGAUGAUUAUAUGAGAACAAACGCCGAGACACGAUAAAAAAAUAUACCGGAGGCCGAUUAUUGUUGAUUUUUGUCAGUGAGAAAUACUUGGCCAACAAUAAAAAUGUAUUGAAAAUUGUA